UAAUUUAGUCAUAUUGUGACAAAUGAAUAAUGUUUAGUGUUCAGAUGGACAGAGGUGGACUCUGCUGCAGGACUCUGUGAAGACACAAACAGUUCAGAUCGCCGCUCCGUCCCAGACCUCAGGAGAGCAGAGAAGAGAAGCAGCGAUGGCAAAACUCUGUGCAGUGAUUUCCUGUUUGUUGCUGGGUGUCGGAGCGGUGACGGCACAGACAGCUCAGACUCAGACUGAGCGUCUGCUGCCUCAGUGGCUCACCGGCAUCAUCGCCGUUGUCGCCUUCCUCUUCCUCACCUUUGUCGGCUUCCUGGUGAAGAAGGCCUGGUGUGAGGAGUCCAGCAGGAGGAAGACCACAAUGGAGUCUGUGGGAGAAAAUGAAGUCGUCGUGACCAACGGGAACACCUACGAGACGAGUCUGGACAUGGUCAGGAGCAAAGAAGACUUGAACGCUUACGACAAUCUGGUGAUCGACGGCACUGAAGUCAAAGUCACCAUCAUGUGACCGCCCUGCUCUGAUCCUGCUGUCUGAACAUCGUCCUCAUCACCACCUCUGGACGGAGACACAAACACACACAGUUAUUUUUUACAGAAAAAUAUUUGCAGACAAAGUUUUAUGUCUUUGUUUUGAUGUACCUGUUGUCCCCGGCGGGCGGAGCUUAUAGUGAGGAACAUCAGAUAUCAUCCAUCCUCUGUUUUUAUUGUAUCUUCUUACAAAUCAUUUAGCACAAAGUGUGACAUUAUUAUACAGAUUAUUAAUCAUUUAUUACUGUGGCUGAGGCUUUAAAGGGCAACCUCUGUAUUCUCAACCAGGACCCUGUUCUCCCAUGUUUCUGCAUCUGAGUGUCCACGUGGAAGUUUUGAAACUGGUCCAGUACUGAAGGAGCACGCUGCAGCUGUGAAACAUGCUGUAGAAUAACCACUGGGGUCAUGUUCACGGCGUCAGCGUACGUCCACUAAGUGUUUGUCUCUGCCGCUGACAGCCUCAGAUUGUUUUUCUAAUGCUGUGCUCACCUUAAACAAAUUGUCUUGUUGCGUUACUCGCACGUGUACGGCCUCUGGAGUGGUUUUUUGGGAGUAUUUUGCAGUUGGUGAACAGUCACAGUCACAGCUGUGCUAACUAGCUGAGGAAGGCAGCUAGCAGCUAACUUGGUUGCAGUAAAGUGCAGAAGUGAACUGGUGCAAUGUCACGGGCCUUCAACUCUGCGACUAAAGCCUGUGACUCUGCACCAGUCCGUCAGAACUGAAAGAAGCCUCUUGGAUGAGAGGCGAAACAUCCUCAAGAAACUUAAGCACGUUCAGUUGCCUAUGACACAGAACUUAGGAGUACCCUGACCUGGAUGACUGAGAAUCUUCAGCUUCCUGUUUCUUCCACAGUAAGAGCCCAACUUAAAUAACACACAGCAUUCACAGAUACAUAUUUUCAGAACGUACCAUGUAGUCCCACACCUCAAGUCCCGACAGGCCACAGUGUUUGUCCUCCAUUUCUGAUUCUCAGUAACGUCAGGAGAACCUCAACUGGAUCUCAACACUGACACAGGUUUAUGGGAAUUUCUCACUCAAGUUUUAAAAAUUGCUGCAGGAAUGAGUCCUAUAUCCCGAACAUGAGUUAGCAUGUUAGCAUGUUAGCACUCCUGGUUCACUCAUCUCAAAGUCCAUGUGUUUCUGGUUAGAUGUCUGACAUCACAUUUUGUUCUACCACAUCAAUUUACAUCAAUUUAGAAGCUACGAUGUGUCUUCAAAAAGACGAGUGCCAACAAGAGGCUAAAUGAGACGACAGACCAUCAUCACGCUGAACACGACUUUACAGUCUUAUGGUGCUGACAUUCAGUCAUGUCGUGACCGUGGUGUAGUUUCUUUAUAGCCUUACGUUAGCUUUUUACCUUAUUGAGGCUUCAGUGAUCAUUACAGAGGGGUUUAUUUGUGAGGAUUAUUUCACUGAACACAACCUGUAAGUAUCAUAAACAUUUGUUUGUCACAGAGUUUAUUUUCUGCAGUAAUCUAAAAUUCAGUGGAAAAUCCCAUUGGCUUUUUGAGGAGAGAACAAGGGUGAUGCUAACUACAGGAAAACGUGAUCCCUGGAGCACUCUGUAGGUAAAUAGUGCAAAUUCACAUCUUUGCGUUGGCUUCAUACGGAAUCUCACCACAUUUCGUUUAGUGUGAACGUACGUAAGUGUCCGACCACAUUAUGAAAGGAUUCCUACAGAGACAGAGCUUUGUGUUGAAGAUAAAGAUCCAGAAACAGUCCUGAAAUCACCGUCACCAAACCCACCAGACUCCAUUUAAAUCAGCAGUCAUGUUAGUGUGUAUAGAGGCAGCAUGUUGUCACAGCUAACUGGUUAGUUAAGGGUUAAUUUAAACCAAACCAGAGCUGGUGAUUGUUGGAACAGCGGAGAGACAAACCAAGGUGGUUUUUGUGAGUCUUACAGCAUUAGAUGCUUAUGUAUCAUUGAUCAGAUUCAUCAGUCAGGACUUGGUGUCACAAUCCCUGAAGUUUCAGAGCACAGGUGUUUUCCACCCGACACAUCAUCAGUUGUGCACCACGACAUCAGUGGGUGUUUCGGCCUUUAUCACAAGACCCGCUCCAUUGAGGCGGGCCCACCACAUGCUGAUCGACCUGGGUGUUGGCUCCUCCAUGGUCACCUCGGGGUCCAGACGGGAUCCUUUCUCUUCAGCCACAGCUGAUGACUGCACUUCUCAGCUGUGUUGGACAGAUCCUUCACCACUUUCCUCUGGGCCUGCCCAUGAAUCCUGAUUUCCUUCAGGAGCCUAGUGGUGGAUCUAGAGACAAAGCCUCUGCAGCCCGCCUCGAUUGGUCGCACCUCAGCUUUCCAGCCUCUACUCGCCGCUUCAGUUACAAGAUCAGCGUAGAGCAACCUCUUGUUCAAACGCCUCCUGCGUGGCAUCCUCCCAAGGGACAGUUAGAUCUAUGAGGAAGGCACGCUGACAGGCCUUCGACUGGAGGAUCAGGUCUGGUCGUAAGCUGGUUGCUGCAAUCUCUGGUGGAACUCUGAGACUCUGGCCCAAGUCAGCAUGUGUUUCCCAGUCCCUGGCUCCAUGUAGCAGGGCCUGAAUCAGGAGGCAAGAGGAUGAACACUGCAGGCUGUUGAAACUUAUUCUGGGGUUUGAGAGGAAUGGUGUUGGUGGUGAACCUCUCUGGCUCAAGCUCAGCUGCCAGGCACUUAAGAAUCAGGUCAUUUUUAUUAUAUUUAAUAUCGACUCUAUAUCAUUUACAUUUUCAGUGUUUGUUUUUGUUGCAGUUUUGCUUGUGGCUUGUUGGAAAAAAAAUAGACCAAAUGCUGAAACUAUCGUUGCAGAUCAUGAGCCGGUCAGGGCGCUCAGCGCCGUGCUGCAUCCAGUGUGAACCCGGCAUUAGAGAAACAAUCUGAGCGUGUUAGUGACAAAAACCAACACUUUGAGUGGAUGUACAUCGGCGGUGUGAACCUGACCCAGCGGUUACAUUACAGCCUGUUUCAAAAUAAAAACUGUUGUCCACAUCAGUCACUGAUGGGAGAAGAGAGUCCAGGUUAAAAAUCCAUCAGUCAGCGUGCUCGAUGUUUUUCAGUCACGUCUGGAGCUUCAGAACAGUAAACACGAGGAAAGCAGCCGUCUGUCCUGUGAUCUCUGUGCUGAUUAAUAAGUUAUCUUUUCUAACAAACUGCUGUGUCGACUCUCGUUACUGAUCAGUGAAAGAAUGACCUGUGAUUAAUAAUUAAAUCCUCUGACAAUAAAGUCUCAUUUUACAGAAAAGAGUUGGCUCAGUUUCUGUAACAUCAGCAGGACAGUCGAGCGUUGUCUUCGUCGAGAGCCUCCCCAUCAGAAACCUGCAGGAUGGCGACUGCCUGCUCGUGCGUCGCUCCCUGCAGACUCUCUCCGUUCACUGACAGGAUCUGGUCGCCUCGCUUCAGACGCCCGUCCACCGCCGCCGCACCCUGAAACACACGCCAUCUGAGUCCACUCUCCAAUC